AUGGAGCAGUUUGUCCGGAAGCGUUUGACCUUCCUGACGUCCUUCUGGAACAAGCUCCGUCCCCGCUCCGUGCCGGAGAGCUGCUCGCUGGCAUAUCUUGGUUCUGACUCCGUUUCGCUACACUCGGAGCCAAGCUCCAUCUCCUUCAUCCCCAAGUCCUCUCUCUGCAUCGCUUUAUACGCUUUCACAGCCCGGAGCGCUGAGGAACUGAGUGUGAGCGCAGGGGACAAACUGCGCGUCCUCCGAGAAGAAGGAGACUAUGUCCUAGCCCGGCGGCUGCUGGGGGAGCCGGCCAUGGGCUAUGUUCCUGCUGCCUAUGUGGCCAACCUCAGCCAGGGCACCUCUGCUCACCGACCCUGGUACUUCAGCAAGAUCAGCCGAAACGACGCCGAGCAGCUCCUCCUCUCACCUCCCAACCAGCACGGCUCCUUCCUUGUCCGGGACAGUGAGAGCAGCAAGGGCGAGUACUCUCUCUCAGUGCGCAACCAGGCGAAGGCCAGCCACUUCCGAAUCUGCAAGAGCCCCCGCGGCAGCCUCUACAUCCAGAAGGGCCACCCCUUCCCCGACAUGGAGGAGCUCCUGGCCUUCUACACCCGGCACUGGAAGGUGAUCCAGAGCCCCUUGCUGCAGCCCUGCAGCCCCGCA